CCCACGAGCACUCGCUUGAUACCUGCAUCGAAAGCAGGACAGGAAUAUUGCGCAAAGCCGUAAUCGACGUGCUCGAUGACGCCUGUGCAUUGAACACCCAAAUAGGGGUCCUGAUGGGCACGAGAACGGCAUAUUGUGUAAAUCACAGACACUUACUUCCUUGCUUCCUCCUUUUACCACGACCGAGCCGGCUUGGUUCAUUUGACUCAGACUACACGCAAUUAUCAUUCUAUCUGAUGCAUUCGUUUCCGUCCCAAUCGCCCCAAGCGAUUUUCUUCCUCAAGACCCUCAUUUUGGUGGGCUUAAUCAGUCCAGCAUUUGCACUUGAUCCUAUCGACUGGGUCAAUACAAACUAUAUCGCCCAACAAGCAGGAGUGAAUUCUCCGUCCACAAGAAACGCCCAAGAUGGUAUCAUACAGAGCGCUCACUCAAGCGCCAAAAAGGGCCCAUGGUCUAUCACAAACACUGGAGUCAGUCCGCCAAGUGGCGACGCCCAUGAUUAUCUGAGCUGGGCUCCUUACCACUGGCCUGAUUGUAAUUGGUGCCCGAGCCAUGGUGGUAACGUUCAUCUCGUGCACGACAGCAAUGGCAGCUCCAAUACCAGCAAUCCUGUGCCUUCAUCAAGUAAUGAUCCCUCAAGUCCACCUGCUGACGAUGGAGACAACGAAAACUACAGUGAUGAAGAGAUUAAGUCUGCAGCUGCUCGGAUGGUCAAGAAGCGACGCGCAACAUCUGAUGUGUCUGGUGCCGACAUCAACAAGCAAGAGCUGUUCAGUCUGUUGCCCACUCUUCCCUUUCCCGUUGCUCCCACACCAACAACCGACGCCGCCGUCGCUGGCACGGACGUGCCAGCCCAGCAAGCAGCAGUCAAGUCCAAGUCUCCCUCGUGCACACCUUCCCCUACCAAGUCUUUGGCCCCGAGUGCCACCUGGACGACAUGCCCAUACGUCGUUCGUGAUGGCAAAGUCAAUCCCGACGUGCGAACAUUACAUGGCCCGUCCGCUAUCAACGAUUGUGCUCAAUCCGUCUGGUACAACGCUCUCUGCUUUGCUCUUCGUAAAACUCCUGUGUGCUCUCAAGAUGCUGCGCGAUUCGUUGAUGAAUUCUUUCUGAAUCCAGACAAGAAGAUGAAUCCUAACAUGGCUUUCGGUCAAAUCGUUCGCGGACCUGGUCCUAGCGGCAAGCAAGGUACUUUUACUGGUGUUCUGGAUCUGCGCGGACUUGUGAAACUCGCCAACGCUGUGAAAAUCCUCAAGUUGACAAACAGCUCUGAUUGGACGACGGAACGAGACCAAGGGCUGCAAGACUGGAUGAAAGCGUACUCAGCUUGGAUUACGACCAGCGCGAUUGGAAAGAAGACUCGUUCGGCACCCAACAAUCAUGGCUCAUUCUACUAUGCUCAGCUCGUUGCGGUUACUAUCUUGCAAGGCGACGACGCGCUGGCCCGUCAGUACCUGCAGGAGUAUUUCAGUGGUCCAUUCCGGAAUCAGAUAGCUGCCAGCGGGGAACAACCGAUGGAAGCUGCGAGGACGCGACCGUUCCAUUAUCGCUGCUUCAAUCUUGAAGCAAUGAUUGCAUUGGCUAAGAUGGGCGACCAGCAAGGCAUCGAUUUUUGGAGCGCCAAGUCACGGUACCAAGCAAAUAUCCAGAACGCAGUCGACUUCGUCAUGAAGCAAGACCCUAAGGGCGAGGAUGUCACCGAGCUCGCACCGCACGUCGCCGCCGUCAUGGCUGCUUACGGAGAUUCAAGUGGGAAAUACCUUGCGUUCCUCAAGAAGGCGGUUCCCAACUACCAGAUGAAAUAUUUCUGGUUCAGUGAUCAACCCGAGGCUCUGGCAAACACCCGACAAAAGAGGCAGCAGAAUGACGCCGAUGGACAAUCGGCCGAUUCGAUCCCCUUUGUCUGUCCAUGGAACGCCAUUCCCAAUGGCAUUGAAAGCGUGGAGCUUGAAGACGGACUCUUCAAGUCUUGCGACGAGUUGAAGCUGCUCUUUGAAAUUCCGUAGACAGGUGGUACAUGUGCGUAGAUAACAAUUGAGCGUAGCGUGUGAGGACUUCGAGGCUGUGCUUGACCAAUUUCGUCACAACAACCGGAGACUGAAGGCGACGCCCAUCACCACAUACUUACCUUCUUCCACCACACCCUUAAUUCUAAUGGCCGACUCUGCUGCAUCGGGCUCUGCGUCCGCCGACAAAUCCGUUCAGGUCAAGCUCGUCCUACUGGGUGAAGCCGCCGUCGGGAAAUCUUCGGUCGUCCUCCGUUUUGUCUCGAAUGAGUUUCAACCCAACAAGGAACCGACCAUUGGCGCUGCUUUUCUGACGCAAAAAUGUCGCUUGGAGGACCGUGUGCUGCGAUAUGAGAUUUGGGACACGGCUGGACAGGAACGUUUUCACUCGCUUGCACCCAUGUAUUACCGCAACGCCCAAGCUGCCGUCGUUGUCUAUGAUGUGACUAAGGCCACGAGUCUCGAGAAAGCCAAGUCGUGGGUGAAGGAACUGCAGCGACAGGCCAACCCCAACAUCGUUAUCGCGCUUGCCGGUAACAAAGUCGAUCUUGUGCAGGGCUCGUCUGCAUCGUCCGGACCUUCUACAACAGAAUCGGAGGACGAGGCGGAUGACGCUACCGCGACACCUGGAGAGACACCCGGAUCUCUGGAGCCGGAGAGCCUGCGACAAGUUCCGCGAGAAGAGGCGCAAGCGUAUGCCUCCGAGGCAGGCUUGCUGUUCUUUGAGACUAGUGCCAAGACCGGAGAGGGAAUCGUUGACAUCUUCACUGAGAUCGCCAAGAAGAUCCCCAUCGAGCACAUCCUUGCUGCGACACGAGGUGCUGCUGCUCGUCCCGGAGCAGGCGCCCGGGGCCAGCAAGAGGGUGGUGUCAAUUUAGAUGAGACAGCCAAGCCCAAGGAUGCCUGCAACUGCUGAGGAGACACGUAUAUAUGUCUCUUCCUGGUUUCAUUCCCAAUUAUGACCUUACAUGCGUUCUGGAUCCCGUAUUCCUACAUUGUUUUUUUCUGCUACUGUAAUCUAUAUAUCUUCAAGGAGACUUGGGUCAAUCGACGUAGGGCGGCGGCCUUGUCACGUGUUCUUCUACGACCGGGACGAGGUACGGCGGAGGUGCGUGACUUUCGCUCGCUGCCGGCCGGGAAGACGUCUCGCGGAUGGGAUCCGGUGAGCGGAAAUCAGAUGAGUAGAUCGACGGCGGCGGGUCAGACGGGUCAUCCAGCGCGGGUGGAGGGGGUGGCGGCUCUUCGAGCGAUUCGUGUCGUUGCUCGAGGACAAGACCCAACAUUUCUGGUUCGCGGAUGGUCGCCAGCUGGGUCACAUCUGUGUCAAGGCUAGCCAUCUCCAUGCUGGGCGGCGGUGUUGUCGCACGUUCCAAAUCUUCCGCGUGGCCAUCGAAAUGCUCCGACGGUGGAAAUCCGAAGUCAAUGCCCUCCCCUUCGAUGCGGGCAGGGCCCGGGUCUUGCUCUUGCUGCGAUUGAGACUGUGAAGGGAUGAUGAUUUCCGACUCUGAUUCCAGGAAGGUCGGAAGUCUUGACGACGAAGCCACGGUGUCCGCCAAGAAAAACGGCGGUGGAGCAUCUCUUUCUUCGAAAGGUGGGGGCGCACUGGGUCCAGCCUCUCCGGCUUGGUACCGGGGAGCAUCCGAAUCUUCUGCUCGGACAGUCCGACUCGGAGGCUGAUCGUGUUUUUUGCUGUAGGCAGCAUCGACAGAAGGGGCGACUUGAGGUAAUGGCGCCGACGGCGGGAGAAUCACGAUUGGAAUGGUUAUCGUGGAAAUGCGUUCCGUACGUGUGCUGAUGUCCACGAAGGACACGUGCACAUUGGCCUUGAAGGAGACUGCAUGUAACACGGUCCGCUGAGAGAUCGAUGCGCACUCUGCAUCGGCAUCCGCAUAAGCGUACUCGCCGUCCAUCGCCGCUGAUAGUGUAAACGGCGGCGGAUGCAGUGUAAAGCGCAGUUGCACCGGUCGCGACGAAUGGAAUCGACAAGAGGCACCGGAUCGAGCCAAGAUGGUGGUAUACGGGACACCCGUCCUGGCCGGUAUCUGAACUUUGGACGAGGAAGGUUCCGGUUGAGGAGAACUCGACGAGGAUUCGCUAGAAGCAAAGGAUGUGCCAACCGACGAAGAACCUUCUUCUUCUUCCGCCAUUGCUCAGUUCAAUCUCUCGCGAAAGCUCCAGCGUUACAUUCCUCAGUCGCAGCCCACGUUCAACGACAAGAUCCGGAGCUGGAGUUGGAAUAGUAACGUAGACAGGUAUCACCUCGCCAACCUUGAAGGUCACUCGGGGCACUUCAACCUCGAUCCGAGUGGGCUGGUCUAAACAGGAGAUGAGAAUGUGUUUCGGGAGAGGCAAUGAGAGAGUGAUUAUGGGCAGUAUAGCGUCUGGUAUGAACGUCGAGGCUAUUAGAUAUGGGCAAAGACGAAUCCAAUGGAUGCAA